CACAAACAAUCGAUUGGCAGGGUCGCGUGCAAUCGAUACUUUCACAGCAUAUAUUUUACUUAGGUUUUGCUUUUAAAAAUGGAAUGCAACGCGAAUGCAGCGUGUUUAAUGUAAUAAAAAUGUGGCCAAGGUGUAGUUCAGUGUCGGCGCUAAUCGCAGAUUUGAAUUGUGUGCCCCAAUAACAAAAGUAAAGCUCCGAAAAACGAAAGUGGAAAACCGACCCCCAGUCCGCAGUGUGUGUGUACAGAGGGCGAAGCGAAGCGAAGGCUCGACUCAAACCAAUUGCAGUAUCUGAAAAGGCAGAAAAAGUGGAAGUGGAUUGGUCAGGGAGCGAGAGACACCGACAUCGCCAACGCCACUUGCAGUCCUACUUACAACACCCGUUUAGCACACAACACUUUUUCCCUUCCGUUCCGAUAUUGUUGGGGAAAUUUGCCAAAAAGAGAGUAGCGUGUGCGAAUGGCGACAUGAUAAUUUGUUUGAUUUCUACACACUGCAUGUUUGAAUUAUUGUAAAGCCAAAAAUUAUUGCCAAGCCGCAAGUCCCCAAACAGUUGAAGCCCCCCUAGAAAGUCGCCCCCAGACCGCCAGACAUGAUGAUUCAAGAGCCCGUGCAGGCCGCCAUAUGGCAUUGCCUGAACUACUACGACAUGAAGGAUGCCGUUUUCCUGGCGGAGCGCCUGUGCUCGGAAGUGGAGAGCGACGAGACGAUAUUCCUGCUGGCCACCAGCUACUUUCGCUCCAAUCAGGUGCACCAGGCCUACUGGCUGCUCAAGGAGAAGCCGCGCCGCUCGACACAAUGCCGAUUCCUGCAGGCCAAGUGCGCCUACGAGCUGAAAAAAUACGCCGAGGCUGAGAGUGCCCUGAUCUCGACGGGAUUCGGCGAUGCCAAGAACUGCGAUGAGCUGCAGCGGGAUUUUGGCGAACUGGCCUGCUUUGCUUACCAGCUGAUGGCCCAGAUUUGCGUGCGCACCGAGCGGCCGAAGCUGGCCAUCAGUGCCCUGCGACGGGCCCUCAAACUCAACCCGUUCAUGUGGCACGCCUUCGCGGAUCUGUGCCUGCUGGGCCAGGACACAGACGCGGCGGCCAUAUUCCAGAUACAAAGCACAGAUGUGUUCAACACCUGUCAGGGCAGCAGCGCCAACGCCAACGCCAUGGUGCUGUUCGGCGCGGAGCAGCAGAGCCAACAGCAGCAGGAGCGCCAGUCGCUGAUCACCAACCUAAGCAAUAUCUCCAAUUACAUCUUGACCACGCCCGUGGACCAGCAGCAGCAGCAGCAGAAUCAGCAGGCGCAGCAGAUCAACCAAAAUCAGAACUACAACAGCAACAUGGUGACGCCCAUCAACAAUAACAAUAACAACAACAAUCUCAACAACUCGAUCAGCAUGCUGCGCGGCGGCCUGGUGCAGAACCUAAGCAUGCUGGCGAUGCUGGAGGACUCGCCAAUGGGCUAUCCGCAGGAAACGGGCGGCCAGCAGCACCAGCAGCAGACGUACGACAUGACUAGCGGCACUCCCUUCCGCAAGCAGUUCAAAUAUCUUUCGGCCCUCUCACCGCCAACUCCCAGCUUCGGCAUCAUGCCGCUGACUAGUCCCUGCAGCGUCAACGACGGCUCCUUCAUCGGCAAUCACACACCCAUGAUGAACAUCAGCUACUCGCCAAUGCCCCAGAUGCUUGUCGAGGUCAACCAGGAGCCCAAGAUGAUGGGCAAAAAGCUGAAGACCCACGUCGGUGGACUCAUCAGUCGCAAGGAGGGAAGCCUGAACAAACCCGCCGUCUUCACCCAAGCCGGGAACAUAACGCCCCGCACUCCUAACAACAACAAUGUGGGCAACAAUGGCAACCUGAACGUUUUGCCCAACCCGAAUGCUGCAGUGCGGCGCAGUUCGCGGCUGUUUAGCAACUCGUACUCGGUGAAGGAGAACAACAAAUCGCCGAACAUCGCCAACAAGUUCGUGCAGCCCCGCUCGCCGCCCCGGAAAACCAAGUCACGGAUGACCAAGAUCUGCCUGAACAAUGAACUGAUCGAGGAGAAGGCGCAUCACCUGUCCGAGAAGCGCAAGGAGAAGGUGGAGACCAUCACCUCCUCGGGGGCGAACAACAACAGUGGAGGUCGCAGUGUCGCCGAGGAAGCGAAGGUCCUGUUGAACAAUAGCCUCAACAAUGCCCAGACAAUGGCCCACCAGUUGAUGGGCCUCAAGAAACAGUCGGCCGACGGACUGAUGGCCCUGCUGCGCGACUUGGCCGAAGCCUACCAGCUGCUGUCGAACUUCCAGUGCAAGGCGGCCGUGAAGCAUCUGGAGACGACGAUACCAAAGCAUCAUCUGAACUCCAGCUGGGUUCAGUCGCUGAUCGGACUGGCCAAGUACGAGAUGCGCGAAUAUGAGGCGGCGGUGGCGAUCUUCGAGAGCAUCCACAAGGCGGAGCCGUGUCGCCUGGACUACAUGGAGAUCUACUCGUCCUCCCUGUGGCAUCUGCAGCGCGAGGUGGAGCUGUCCGCUCUGGCCCAGGAUCUAAUCAGCCAGGACAAGACCAGUCCGGUUACCUGGUGCGUCUCCGGCAAUUGCUUCUCGCUGCAAAAGGAACACGAAACGGCCAUCAAGUUCUUCAAGCGGGCUGUUCAGGUGGAUCCCGACUUUGUCUACAGCUACACGCUGCUGGGCCACGAACUCGUGCUAACCGAGGAGUUCGACAAGGCAAUGGACUACUUCCGCGCGGCCGUGGUCAGGGAUCCGCGGCACUACAACGCCUGGUUCGGCAUCGGCACCAUCUACUCGAAGCAGGAGAAGUACGAGCUGGCCGAGACCCACUACGUGAAGGCACUGAAAAUCAAUCCGCAGAACUCGGUGAUCCUAGUGCACAUCGGCGCCAUGCAGUUCUACAUGAAGAAGAAGGACCUUUCGCUGCAGACGCUAAAUACGGCCGCCACGCUGGAUCCGAAGAACCCGCUGACCCGAUUCCAUCGCGGCUCCAUCUACUUCUCGCUGGGCAAGUACCAGGAGGCACUGCGCGAGCUGGAGGAACUCAAGGAGAUCGUGCCCAAGGAGUCGGUGGUGUUCUAUCUGAUCGGCAAGAUACACAAGACGCUCGGCAACAUGGAUCUGGCGCUGAUGCACUUCAGCUGGGCCACCGACCUAGAUCCCAAGGGUGCCAACAAUCAAAUCAAAGAUGCCUUCGACUCAAUGGCCCAUCCCAGCUGCUGUCCGGCCAACAAUAAGACACUGGACGUCGAUCAGGAGCCCACCUCGGAGCGUUCCGACGACUCCACGCAGGCGCAGCAGGACGGCAGCUACGACAGCGACUACUAGGGAGCUGCAACUCCAAAUCCACGCGGUUGUAUAUACGUUUAAAUGGAACAGAAACAGAAAAACAGUAAACAAAGGAAAACAUAGAAACAGAUUCAAAAACCAGAUCGAUUGCUGCUGUAUUGUCGUAGCGGAAAACAAACCAAUUAUGAAGUAUAAUAAAGUCUAGAUAACGUUUA